UCUACCUUUCUUCUGCUGCAACGUCUGGAUAGUUCCCUUCAAUUCUUUCCUCUCUCAAGCUCAUCGUAUAUAAGCAUAAGCUCUUCCUCCUCCACCUCGUACUCAGCAACUCAGCCCGAUCCUCUCUCUCAUUCUCAGUUACAGUUCGUUUGUGUCCGAGCUUCGACGAAAAGAACACAAAGAUGGGGAUGGUGGUGGUGAUCUCUCUGCCGUUGAUUCUGUUCAGCCUCCUGCUCGGGUUCGGUUGCUACUUCCUCGGAAGGGCCAGGGGAAAGCAGGACGUGCGCACCAACCCUCAGGUCUACGGGGUCCCUACUCCUCCUCCGGAAGUAGCAGCCUCCUCUUAUCCUCCCCCGCAUACCAAAAGCCCUCCAUCGACCGACUCGUUACCCGUAUGAGUUGAGCAAGAAAUGAAACUAGCUCGACAGACUUAUCCUAGCAAUGGCUAUAUAAAUCAAUUUUAUGAAAUUCAACCAUCCAUUCGUCGGUUCAUUUCGGUCUUCUUCUUGGUUCGGGCCGGUUGUAUCUCUCCAUUGACUUGCGGGGCCUGCAUAGGUGAACUUGAUCUUUAGGGACCUGGAAGAAUAUAGGGUCUGGUUCGGGCAUUCCCCAUGGAUCGGGGCAUGUUAAUAAUAUACAGAGGUGUGUGUUGUUGAAUCUGGUUGUCCUCGAUUGAUGUUUCUAUUCAUUUGUUAAUACUUAUUUUGGGUAUAGUGGAUGCAUUGGUUUGAUUUUGUUAGAACAUUGAUGCAAGCUUUCAUCAAUUCAACAGUAGAAAGUACUAUAUAAGAAUGUACUGCUUUCUCUCUCCGGCA